AUGAGCUCCAUCGUCUUUGUAGUGUCAGCGCUGGAAGCUAUUGCGGCUUCCAAAGAGGCCAACAAGAGCAAACCGCUCUCCGAGUCGGUUCAGAAAGCCCUGAAGGAUAUCAAGGAGCAUGCGCCCCAAUUGCCCGACCCCGAGAUCAUAUUUGCGCCGUUACAAUGGGCCACCAAAUCCGGCAGCAUCCCCUUGACCACGACAGCUCUGGAUUGCAUUGGAAAGCUCAUCAGCUAUUCCUACUUCUCCGUCCCAUCUUCUCCUAACGCCGACAAGGAGGCUUCCCGAGAGCCUCUGAUCGACCGAGCGAUCAAUACGAUAUGCGACUGCUUUCAAGGAGAGACCACGGCGGUGGAGAUACAACUCCAGAUUGUGAAGUCCUUACUGGCAGCUGUGUUGAACGAUAAAAUUGUGGUGCAUGGUGCUGGUUUACUUAAAGCCGUACGGCAGGUCUAUAAUGUCUUCCUUCUCUCGAGGAGCAGUACGAAUCAGCAGGUGGCUCAAGGAACCUUGACGCAGAUGGUCGGGACAGUCUUUGAACGGGUCAAGACACGGAUUCACAUGAAGGAAGCUCGAUUGAACCUCUCGAAAUCAGACAAGAGCCCAGGCAACAUAAGUUCAUAUACUGUCGAUGUCUCGGCGGAGCCCCAUAGCAGUGAUGCAAGAGAGGAGUCCGUGGAAGAGAGCGUCACUUCAGAAAUGCCGUCUGAAGAAGAGGGGCCAAAACUCACGUUGAAAGAUCUCGAACAUCGCAAGAGCUUUGACGAUUCACAAAUGGGAGACGGUUCAACAAUGGUAACGCAGUUGAAGCAUCUUCAGCCAGCACCUCAAUACACAGCAGGGGAGACUACACCCACUGAGGACUGCAUGGACGAAGAAAUGGACUCUGAGGAAAACGAAGACGAGGUCUACAUCAGGGACGCAUAUCUGGUAUUCCGAUCAUUUUGCAAUCUCAGUACUAAAGUUCUCCCGCCCGACCAACUCUACGAUCUAAAGGGGCAAGCCAUGCGGUCCAAACUGAUUUCGCUUCACUUGAUUCACACUUUACUAAAUAAUAAUAUGCUCGUCUUCACUUCUCCUCUUUGUACCAUCACCAACAGCAAAAGCAACGAGCCCACGGGAUUCUUGCAGGCUAUCAAGUUCUACCUGUGUUUGAGCAUCACUCGCAACGGUGCAAGUUCGGUGGAUAGAGUUUUUGAAGUGUGCUGCGAGAUAUUUUGGCUUAUGCUGAAAUAUAUGAGAGCUCCAUUUAAGAAAGAAAUCGAGGUGUUCCUCAAUGAGAUCUACCUGGCGCUUCUGGAACGGCGUAAUGCUCCCGUUGCCCAAAAGCUGUAUUUCAUGGGUAUCCUUCAGAGAUAUUGUGGAGAUCCACGCGCGCUAGUCGAGACGUAUUUGAAUUAUGAUUGUGACAGGAAUGUUGAUAACAUGUUCCAGACUCUAAUUGAGGAUCUCUCCAAAGCUGCGAGUCAAGCUGUUAUGGUCAGCCCGCUUCACCAACAACAGUACGAAGAGCGAGCUGUAAAAGGGGCUCUGAAUGGCUCAGGGUCAGACUGGCAAGCUCGGGGGACUCUUCCCCCUUCAUUGACGACUGCUCACCUAACUGAUCGGCAUGCGAAUGUUGAUGAUGAAGUGCCGAAAGAGUACAUCAUCAAACGUCUCGCUUUGGACUGUCUCGUGGAAACGCUGAGAUCGAUGGUCAAUUGGUCUCAACAGGGUAUUGCCGAAGUCACUGGGAGCCCCGAUGGAGAAGGGAGGCAUUCGGAAGACGCACGGCAGUCGCUUGACCCGUCGCAAAUCGAGACCUCCUCACGAAUCACGAACGGCGACACACCUAUGCCGCCUUCUACUCCAAUCGUCGAUGAUGAUCCGAAUCAACUUGAAAAGGAGAAGCAAAGGAAAACGGCUCUGAGCAAUGCAAUCAAGCAAUUUAACUUCAAGCCUAAGCGUGGAAUUCAGCUACUGCUCAAUGAAGGUUUUAUCCCAAGUGAUACUCCUGUGGAUAUUGCACACUUCUUGAUCACCGAAGAACGAUUGGAUAAGGCUCAAAUCGGAGAAUACCUUGGUGAGGGCGACGAGCGGAACAUUGCCAUCAUGCAUGCUUUCGUUGACACUAUGGACUUCACGAAACGUCGUUUCGUCGAUGCUUUGAGACAAUUUCUCCAGUCUUUCCGCCUGCCAGGAGAGUCACAGAAAAUCGAUCGCUUCAUGUUGAAGUUUGCCAAUCGAUAUGUGACCGGCAACCCGAAUGCUUUUGCCAAUGCAGAUACAGCUUACGUGCUUGCCUACUCGGUAAUCAUGUUGAACACCGAUGCGCAUAGUCGACAAGUCGUCAAGCGUAUGACCAAGGAAGACUUCAUUAAGAACAAUCGAGGCAUCAACGAUAAUGCCAACCUUCCGGACGAGUAUCUCAAUGGUAUUUUUGAAGAGAUUCAUGCGAAUGAGAUCGUUUUAAAAAGUGAGAGGGAAGCUGCCGCAGCCAUGGGAAUAAUACCUCAGCAGUCGGGUGGGAUUGCGGCGGGUCUCGGUCAGGCUCUGGCUACUGUUGGUCGGGAUCUACAGCGAGAGGCCUAUUUGCAACAAUCUGAAGAGAUUUCGAAUCGGUCUGAACAGCUGUUUAAGAACUUGUUCCGCAACCAACGCAAGAAUGCCGCAAAAUCGGGGGGUAUCAAGUUCAUCCCUGCCACGUCAUUUAAGCACGUUGGUCCGAUGUUUGACGUCACUUGGAUGUCGUUCUUUUCUGGAUUCUCAGGUCAAAUGCAACACGCUCACAACAUUGAGAUCGUCAGGCUGUGCAUGGAGGGCAUGAAACUCGCCGUCCGCAUUGCAUGCCUCUUUGAUCUGGAAACCGCGCGAGAGGCCUUCGUCUCGGCAUUGAAGAACGCCACUAACCUUAACAACCCAACAGAGAUGCAAGCGAAGCACGUCGAGGCUCUCAAGGUUCUGAUCGAGAUUGGGCAGACGGAAGGUGGCCUCCUAAAAGGCUCGUGGCGGGAUAUUCUGAUGUGUAUCAGUCAGCUGGAUAGAUUGCAGCUGAUAUCCGACGGCAUUGACGAGGGUUCAAUCCCAGAUGUAUCCAAGGCCAGGAUCGUGCCUGCGUCGAAGGCCGAUGCACAAUCCAUAAAUUCGAGAAAAUCGAGUCAAUCAACAAGACCAGCUCGUCCAAGGCCUCGCUCCACGACUUCAGGCACGAUCUACUCGAUGGAAAUUGCCAUGGAGAGUCGCUCAGAGGAGGUCAUCAGGGGCGUGGACCGGAUUUUCACCAACAGUGCGAAUUUAUCGGGUGAAGCCAUCGUUCACUUUGUCAGGGCCCUAACUGAAGUGAGCUGGGAGGAGAUCAGGACAGGAGGUCAAACCGAAAAUCCUAGAACAUACUGUCUCCAAAAACUGGUUGAGAUCAGUUAUUACAACAUGACCAGAGUCAGAUUCGAGUGGACCAACAUCUGGGCGGUAUUAGGAGAGCACUUCAAUCGGGUUGGGUGUUACAACAAUACUCGCGUAGUCUUCUUCGCUCUAGACUCGUUGCGCCAAUUGUCAAUGCGAUUCAUGGAGAUUGAAGAGCUACCCGGUUUCAAGUUCCAGAAAGACUUCCUCAAGCCAUUCGAACAUGUCAUGGCGAACAGCAGCGUCUCUACCGUCAAAGAUAUGAUCCUCCGCUGUCUGAUUCAGAUGAUCCAAGCGCGAGGAGCGAAUAUUCGUUCCGGAUGGCGAACGAUGUUUGGCGUGUUUACUGUUGCUGCUCGAGAACCAUACGAGAGUAUCGUCAACCUUGCCUUCGAUAAUGUCAAUCAAGUCUACAAGACUCAUUUUGGCAUGGUCAUCUCCCAAGCUGCUUUCGCCGACCUUGUCGUGUGUUUGACAGAGUUCUCGAAGAACAUGAGGUUCCAGAAGAAGGGUCUACAGGCUAUGGAGACUCUCAAAUCGAUCAUCCCAAGGAUGCUCAAGACACCGGAGUGCCCGCUGUCGAAUCAAUCGGACGUAAACUCCGACGGCUCCAUCAAGUCCCCAGACCUGGCAUCCAAUCAAAUAAGCAGGACGUCGCAAGAAGAAGCGUUUUGGUUCCCAGUCCUCUUCGCCUUCCACGAUGUUCUGAUGACGGGUGAGGACUUGGAAGUGAGAUCAAACGCACUUAAUUAUCUAUUCGAGUCUCUCAUCAAUUACGGUCGCAACUUCCCACACGAUUUCUGGGAUAUACUCUGGCGACAGCUGCUCUAUCCGAUCUUCAUGGUGUUGAAAUCAAAUUCGGAGAUGUCCAAUGUCCUUACCCAGGAGGAACUAUCUGUCUGGCUAUCAACGACCAUGAUCCAAGCCUUGCGAAACAUGAUCUCCCUCUUCACCUAUUACUUCAAAUCACUCGAGUACAUGCUCGACAGAUUCUUGGAUCUGUUGACGCUGUGCAUUUGUCAAGAAAACGAUACGAUCGCUCGCAUUGGCAGCAAUUGUCUCCAACAGCUGAUCCUGCAGAAUGUCACGAGGUUCCAGCCUGCACAUUGGUCGAAAAUUGUGGGAGCCUUUGUGGAACUCUUCGAGAAGACCACGGCAUCUCAACUCUUCUCCGCUACUAGCUCAGCCGCUGGGGGGUUAGAUGGUGCAAUGUCUCCCAUAGAUGAGCCGACAGUAGACGAGAAAUCUCUGAGGAUUGUAACAGCCCACGGCCUAGCAUCAGACGCAGAAAGCAUCAACGAGGCCGCAUCCAUCACGCCAACAGCAGCAACAGCCACCGACCUGGAAGACUACAAACCACAGUCAGGACUUCAGCAACAGCCAGUCGUCGUCACCGCUGCCCGUCGACGAUUCUUCAACAAGAUCAUCACGAAAUGCGUCCUUCAACUCCUAAUGAUCGAAACUGUCAACGAGCUUUUCUCUAACGAUGCCGUGUACACACAAAUCCCGAGUCCCGAACUCCUCCGCCUCAUGGGCCUCCUCAAGAAGAGUUUUCUUUUCGCCAAGCGCUUUAACGAGAACAAGGAGCUGCGCAUGCGUCUGUGGCGCGAAGGUUUCAUGAAGCAGCCCCCCAACCUACUUAAGCAGGAGAGCGGAAGCGCCGCUACGUACGUCAGCAUCCUGCUACGCAUGUACCACGACGACAGCGAGGAGCGAAAGCGUAACCGCGGCGACACGGAAGCUGCACUUGUGCCGCUCUGCGCGGAUAUAAUUCGCGGUUUCACGCAGCUAGAGGAAGAGUCUCAGCAAAGGAACAUCAUUGCGUGGAGACCGGUUGUGGUGGAUGUGCUGGAAGGCUACGUGAACUUCCCACGCGAAGACUUUCAGAGGUACAUUGAGACGUUCUAUCCCCUCGGCGCCGAUCUCUUGAAUAGAGACAUGGGAACCGAAGUCCGCAUGGCUUUGCAAGGUCUGCUGAGGAGGGUGGGAGAAAUCAAACUCGGCAUUCCUGAGCGGCGGCCUGACGACUCCUCAAGUCCAACAAGCGCGAUGGCGACGCGUAUGAGGAGACGGUCCAGUUUCCGGUGA